GAUAAUCUGAGCUGACAAUGAGCUGAUCCCAGUCAGAGAUGUCAUAUGGAAGGAGGUAACGCAUGCGUUAACACGUGAACGUGCCGUGUAGAUCGGAGCCAGGCAAAGAGGCGUGUAUAAAGUAUGCGAAACAGUAUAAGUGAUCGGUGCAGCAAGCAGGUAGGAAUUAUAACGCGAAUUAACAAGACAAUGCAGAUCGUGAUUCAAUUUUUGCCGAAUACAUGGGAUUUUCAUUUCUUCGAGCUUGUUAUCGCGGUGAAUCGUCCGGAGAAAUGCGCUUCGUUCGAUUUAUUUUCAGCGACUGAGGAAAGCAACAAUUGAGUGUAGUAUUAAAGUUUCUUUUAAUAAUCAAAGCAGCAGAUCGGAAGUUGUAUGCGGUACUGCGUGAAAAUUGUACGAAUAUUUCGCGAGGAAUGUGCCACAAGUAUAAUUAUGAUAAACUAUCUUGCGCGCUGUGGCUACUUUAAUAUCAUAAGUCAUCGGUAAGUAUGCUCGUACGAAUGUACGAAAAGUCGUGUGCGUAAAAUAUUAAUCAUGUGAAGUGGGAUUUCUCUGCUUGAAAUACUAGUCUCCGGCGUAUAAUUAAGUGCGCGAGACAUCGUGACUAAACGGCGUAGCAUGAUUGGUCAAGAUAAUUUUCGACGAUCAAUUAGCGGGGAACAAACACGAUGCUUACGUGAGUCUUGACUAUUAACGCGAAUAGACCGUGUGAGUUAAAUGUUUAUUAAAAGCAAGCCAAACAAAACAAAAUGUUGCAAACAGGCUCUCAGAGUCGUUUCUGCGAGAAAAGAAUCCGAUCAAUUUUGCACAGCGUAAAAAUAAUUUAUAGUACGACAAUAUAAAUCUAAAUUCACUCAAUGAAAUUAAAUCUGCAUUCGGAAAAAAACAACUAAUUAAUCUACGAACAAUUUCAGCUGUAAAUAUCAUUUAAUUCUAAAAGAAUUAAGAAAAGAGUAAGAAUUAAAUUCAGCGAAAUAAACUCUUGCUGUUUGCUUUUCGAAAUAAUUGCACACAUUCUUGUUGCAAUACCUGUUCCUCAAAUUGAUAAGGAUCUAAAUACGUUUUUAACAAUGAGUUAUACUGCGCCUUUGUGCAGAAAUAUAUUCAUUUGGACAUUUAUAACGUUGCUUAUCAAGUUGUUACGUAUUUUCAGAUUUUUUUUUUAUAUUUAUCACAAUAUUUAAAGGAAAAAGGGUGUCAUCAGUGAGCAAUGGUCCGCGUUAACUUGAAAAGACUUUUUAAGGACAGAAUUCCCCCUUUGAAGUGGCUACCGCGAUAUAAAGCGGAAGAUGCACUGGGCGACCUUGUUGCCGGUCUCACCGUGGGAUUAACCUUGAUACCACAGGCAAUAGCUUAUGCGAGCUUGGCAGGUUUAAAGCCGCAAUAUGGACUUUACAGCGCAUUUGCGGGAAGUUUUGUUUAUAUUAUUUUCGGGACAUGUCGGGAGAUCAAUAUCGGCCCAACAGCGCUUAUAUCUCUACUGACUUGGACAUACGCAAGAGGAAUUCCUGAAUACGCGGCCUUGCUUUGCUUUUUGUCGGGAUGUAUCACGAUAUUCUUCAGCGUCCUGCGCCUAGGAUUCUUAGUCGAGUUUGUGUCGAUGCCGGUUGUAUCCGGGUUUACGUCAGCCGCGAGCGUAAUCAUCGCUUGUAGUCAAAUAAAGAGUCUAUUAGGCUUGAAUAUUCACGGUGAGAGCUUCAUCGAAAUCUGGUGGGAAUUGAUCAAUCAUGUAGCCGACACCAAAAUACCGGACUUGAUUUUGUCUUGCUGCUGCAUUCUAACUCUAUUAGUCCUGAAGCAUUUGAAGGAUAGAAAAGUUGCCAAUAACACGCUGAAAAGAUUCUUCUGGACGAUCGGUACAGCCAGGAACGCUCUUGUGGUUGUUCUUUGCGCGGUCGCGUCCUACGUUUUCGAGAUGCACAACGGAGCACCGUUCAUCCUUACAGGUCACAUAGACGCCGGCCUGCCGAGCGUCCAACCACCGCCAUUUUCGAGGACAAUUGGCAACCAGACUGAGAAUUUCAUCGACAUGACGACGAAUUUCAAAUUCGGAAUCUUGAUUGUGCCACUCAUCUCCAUUAUUGGAAACGUCGCUAUCGCAAAAGCGUUUUCACGAGGCAUGCCCUUGGAUGCUACGCAAGAGAUGCUGACUCUUGGAUUGUGCAAUGUGAUCGGUUCGUUUUUCCAAUCCAUGCCUGUCACAGGAUCUUUUUCGAGGAGCGCAGUGAACAAUGCCUCGGGUGUUAGAACACCCUUGGGUGGCAUGUAUACAGGUAUUCUAGUCAUACUUGCGCUAAGUUUACUGACCCCGUAUUUCUAUUACAUUCCGAAGGCGACGUUAAGCUCUGUCAUAAUUAGCGCGGUGAUAUUCAUGGUGGAAAUUAAUAUGAUACUUCCAAUAUGGAAGUGUAAUAAACGUGAUUUAAUACCGGCGUUUGUCACAUUUCUCGCUUGCUUAUUUGCCGGAGUCGAACUAGGAAUUUUGAUAGGUACAAUAAUCGAUCUCGCUAUAUUAAUAUACCUUAAUGCGCGGCCGAGAAUACAUAUUGAAUACAAAGAUACUCCGAUAACAAACUACGUUCUGAUCCGACCUAGUGCCGGACUUUUAUUUCCAGCAGUAGAUUAUUUAAGAACGUAUUUAACGAGGGCAUUAUAUAACGAGUACCAAAGCUCCUUAAAAAGUCGCAAUAACUUGACGACUGUUGUGCUGGAUUGCGAACAUAUCGACAAAAUAGAUUUUACCGCCGUACAGGGUAUUAAUAUGGUGGUAAAGGACUUCAGAGACAAUAAUUGUCAAUUAAUAAUGUUGCGACCGAAUCCAGAUAUCUUAAAAAGUAUACAGUCGCUGUCGGACAAGCAAAUCUUGAUAGCAGGAAAUGACGUUGAUUUAAUUACAACUUUGAAAGAAUUCAAAGGCAUAGCACGAGAUGCGGAUGUUGAAAUGCAAGUCUCGAAUAGCAAACCUAUUUCGGAAACGACAGAUGAAGCUACCACAAGUCUGGCUACCACAUAUUUGUGAUAUCUUAAGUAUUUAUUUUUUUGAAAACACGAUUAAUGAAUUUUAACUGUGCUUUUCUAUCCUUCAAAUGCUGAAAAGCAAACCGACGUAACACUGUGCGUUUACGUAGCUGCCUCGUUUCUUUAAACAAAUAAUCGGCAAUUACCUUCAGGACUAAUAGAGUUAGAAUGCAACAAGACAAAAUCAAGUCCGGUAUUUUGGUCAGCUAUAUGAUUGAUCAAUUCCCAGUGGAUUUCGAUGAAGCUCUUACCGUGAAUAUUCAAGCCUAGCAGACUCUUUAUUUGAGAAAAUUGUAUGCAUACGUGUGGCUAUAUUUCAUCAUUUUUAAUUGUUUUAUCUUGUUAAUUUUUAUCUAUGCGACGUUGCACAUAAUUCAAGUGUGCUGAAAAUUAGCAUAUAUGUAUAUAUCCUUACUUGCUUUUUUUUAAUAGCAAAUAUUAAAAAGUAUAGUAAAACCAUUUUAAAUGUUUACUGUUUUGAAUUGCUUUUUAUCUGGACAAAAAGCAUCUGUCCAUUAUUCUGUUAAUUAUUUUACAAGCACUUGUGUAUAUUUAUCUUCCAAUUUUUCACAUCGACAAAUUUUUAAUUUAUG